AUUUAAUAUUUUGAGUGUAAAAUUUAUCUAAACAUAUUUGAAAUUAAAGUGAUAUUUGCAUAUGUUUGUGAGAUAGUUUAACAAGAAGACAGCGACAAUGAAAUUCAUAUUCAUCAUAGUAUUUUUAGGUGUAUAUAUAAGCUAUGUUGCGCCAUACAAUCGUUUUAGACGACAGGGUUGGUCUUGGGGCCAAACACAGACUUCAAGACCAAUUGGAAACACCCAGCAGCCUUCUUUGAUAAGAACUACAACGAGAAGACCACCUCCUUCAUCAUCCGACGCUACUAAUUCCUUCCCGGAUCCAACAGUUGCAAUGCCACCUUCACCACAAUUGGCCGCAUGCCUUGCAAGAUGUUCCACAACUCCUGAAUAUAAUCCUGUUUGCGCCAGUGAUGGCAACACCUAUCACAAUAGACAGAGGCUGAUGUGUCAAAAUAGUUGUACAUCCGAAGAUAUUCAGUUUGUGCGCCUUGGAACAUGUGCCCCUCUGUGA